GCUGAGCCGUGCUCCCUCAAGGGCUGCUUCCUUUCUCAAAACCACUAUGCCCGCUGGCUCCGAUCACCAGGCGUCGGGUCGCCAGCGCCCGUCGACGCUUUGGGGAAGAGAGCGACUGAGAACUCGGGCACCGGGCCACGACCAGAUGGCCGAUGUGACCCGAGGUGAGCCGAGGAACGAGCAGCGGAUGGCGCGGACCCGCCACUCUUUGGAGCAACCACGUGGAGGUGGGGGCAACCGCGGCGCGGGUAGGAGCGACUCGACCGACGAACCAGGGCGCCAAGGCUCCAACUCGCCACCAGCGAGAAAUGUGCGCUCGUUGCGCCACGUGGCCACGUUGGUUGCACACGUGGGGGAUCAGCCUCCCCGCCUGUACGCUAGCGCAGCUCCAUGGAGGACGCAACUGCGGGUGCAGCGCGCCCGCGGCCUGGACGUGUCCCUGCCACCGGAAGCCCCGGGCAGGUACUGCGAAAUCUGCGGUGGCCUCGUGAUCGACGCCGCGCGGCAUGCAGCCUCGGAGCUGCAUAUCUCCAAGAUGGAGGAGGCCGCCGCCAGGCCACUGCAUAUCCCCAAGAUGGCGGAGGCCGCGGCCCAGGGAAGCUUGCCGUGAUGCUAGCGAGCUGCGUGACAGGAUGGCGCGCGAUCCUGUCUUGGCGGCCCUUGUCCUGGGACCGGCUCCUCCUGCCCCGCCGCUGAAACCCUGGGAUGUCGAGGUCCAAAAGAGGCGGACGCCUUCGAUUUCGAUUGAUCGGAGGGCAUUUGAAACUUUUAAAAUAAAUGUGUCGAAGAAACCUUU